UCACUGGCAUCUCCAGGUAGGGCUGGAAAAAAAUAUGCCUGAAACCCUGGAGAGCUCUGCCAGUCAGUGUUGAUGGUGCUAGGCUAGAUAGACCAAUGGUGUGACUUGAUAUAAAGCAGCUUCCUAUGUUGGUAUAUCAGAUGAGCUAUAGGAAAAAAACCCAAGGUGUAGUAAAUUGAUUAAUAAAUCAGGAAAUGGAGGUCUGUCCACACUACUGGGGUUAUAGGGACUAGUGGCUAACUUCUGCUUUGAGGGGAAAGAUAUACUUGGUUUCAGGAAACAGAUGUUUAAGCAUUUUUUUAGGGGUGCCACAAAUAAAAGGAAAAAGUGAGGCUUGGAGGAGACGAGCAAGGUGGAAAAAACUGAUGAUAAAGUCGUGUCAACUAUUGAAAUGAACGUCUGUUCUGACUCAUUUUGCUAUUGAGCCAAGCUGUUGAGAGAAUGUAAUUAUAAUAGUAGCAGCAUUAGACAUUAGUGCCCUCGGAUGUGAUUUAAUUCGACAGCUAGAGAGGAGAUAUUACAUCAGUUAGGAUGGAAGGGGUUCAAAGCAGCAAACCCAUAUCCUCUUCAGGACUGUUUCCAGAAUGGAGCCUGGCCUUCUGGACUCUUUGCUCGGUGAUCGUGCCUGUGCUGAUCACCUUGUGGUGCAGUUUUCGUCGAUCUCGGAGGCAAGGACUGGUCCAGGAUAUCUUGCGUAAGAGCAAGCACGAUUGGCAGGACACCGACCUCUUUAGCCAGCCCACCUAUUGCUGCAUCUGCUCUCAGCACAUCCUUCAGGGAGCCUUCUGCAACUGCUGUGGGCUGUGUGUCGAUGAAGAGUGCCUGAAGAAGGCAGACCGUCGUUUCCUCUGCAAGGAGAUCAUAAUGAGGGGUGAAGGUGGGAUCCGGACCUCUAUGGUACACCACUGGAUCCGAGGCAAUGUCCCGCUGUGCAGCUACUGUGUCGUAUGCAAACAGCAAUGUGGCACCCAGCCUAAGCUGUGCGAUUACAGAUGCGUUUGGUGUCAGCAAACUGUGCAUGAUGAGUGUAUGCAGAGCUCUCUGAAGAAUGAGCAGUGUGAACUUGGAGAAUUUCGCAGCCUCAUUAUCCCUCCAUCUUACUUAUUCAACGUCAGUCAGAUGCGUAAGGACAAAAGAACGGACUACAGCAAGCUAGCUUCCUCCUGUGGGAAAAAUUGGACUCCAAUAAUAAUCCUGGCUAAUAUGCGGAGUGGAAACAAUAUGGGGGAAACAUUGAUGGGGCAAUUUAAGACCUUGCUAAACCCAAUUCAGGUGUUUGAACUGACCAAAACAACACCUGCAAAAGCACUCCAGCUUUGCACUUGGCUGCCUUGCAAUUCUGCUAGAGUGCUCAUCUGUGGUGGUGAUGGCACUGUGGGCUGGGUCUUGGAUGCAAUUGAUGACAUGAAGAUAAAGGGGCAAGAGCGAUACAUCCCACAGGUGGCAAUCUUACCCUUGGGAACAGGUAAUGACCUGUCUAAUACCCUGGGCUGGGGUGCCGGCUAUGCUGGAGAGGUCCCAGUGGAGCAGAUUCUGCGUAAUGUCAUGGAUGCUGAUGGAAUCAAGCUGGACAGGUGGAAGGUACAGGUAAUAAAUAAAGGAUACUACAAUUUAAGAAAACUCAAGGUCUUCACAAUGAACAACUAUUUUUCUAUAGGGCCAGAUGCUCUCAUGGCUUUAAACUUUCACACCCAUCGCGAGAAGUCUCCCUCUUUGUUUUCCAGUAGGAUUAUUAAUAAGGCAGUUUAUUUUUUCUACGGAACCAAAGAUUGCUUAGUGCAGGAAUGCAAGGAUUUGAACAAAAAGAUUGAGGUAGAGUUGGAUGGAGAGAGAAUCGACCUGCCCAGUUUGGAAGGGAUCAUCGUUCUGAAUAUUGCCUACUGGGGAGGUGGCUGUAGGCUGUGGGAAGGAAUGGGAGAUGAGCUUUAUCCUCCGGCGAGGCAUGAUGAUGGGCUGCUGGAAGUUGUUGGGGUCAAUGGCUCUUUUCACUGUGCACAGAUUCAAGUGAAGUUGGCAAAUCCCAUCCGGCUGGGACAGGCCCAUACUGUGAGGUUGAUCUUGAAGACCUCCAAGAUGCCGAUGCAGGUGGAUGGAGAGCCCUGGGCUCAAGGGCCUUGCACUGUUACCAUAACUCACAAGACUCACGCACUGAUGCUUUACCACUCAGGGGAACAGACGGAUGACGACGUGUCCAGCGUAUCUGAACAGGAGCUGGCAAAAGAUCAGACAGAUGAGGACACAUAGGUCCUUGGCUGAGUUUUGACAUGCUAAAACGGUCAUGGUAAUUCUGCUUGGCUUUUGCUGAAAAGCUUAGCGCUAAAUAUUCAGCCUCCUAUAAACCUCUUAAGGCCACACCAUCUCUGUACUUGCAAAAUGGCACAGGAGUAACAAAGCCAUGCUUUUAGUGAUUUAAGCAAGUUAAUCCAGGCUUAAAUUCGGCAAGCACUUUCGCUUUGGUGUGUAGCGUCAAGCUGAAGGGGGUGGGGGGUGACCCUUCGCCGAAGGCUCUGCAGGCCAAAUGCCUUCUCCAGUAGGCCCUCAGAGUUUGUGCGUAGUUCUGUGGAAUAGCCGCCAUUGUUCACAGUUCGUAAUUGUGUAGAUCUAGCUUUGAAGAGUACAUAAAAAUAUCAUGCUCUCAUUUGGGGUCACGUGAGCUCAGUGCAGGCUAAACACUGCCUGUGCAGGUACACCCCAUGAGCUCAAGUGUUCCUUUCCCUCACCCUCUUACUCACA